UACAACUCAUUGAAUGACACGCCUUCAGUUGCUCAUCAUUGGUGUGUUUCACCAGUACAGAGAAACAAAGAACCCCCUGGCGGGGUUGGGGGGUUGCUGCCUAGGUGGGAGAUCUUUAUGGAGCAAUUUUUGGUUCCGGAUACUUANAUGAAAAUUUUCCAGUGUGAAAUCAAGGAGGUACCUCAUGACACCAAGGAUGAAGAUGAAAUUCUUGAGAGUGAGUUUUUUGAUACAAGGCAGGCAUUUUUGAGCCUUUGUCAAGGAAAUCAUUACCAAUAUGAUACCCUGAGGCGUGCUAAACAUUCCUCAAUGAUGGUCCUUUACCACCUUCAUAAUCCCACUGCACCAGCAUUUGUGACAACUUGCAACAUUUGUCACCUUGAUAUAGAAACUGGUCUAGGUUGGCGGUGUGAAGUUUGCCCAGAUUAUGAUGUUUGCAAUGCCUGUUAUAAAAAAGAUGGUGGAAUUGAUCAUCCUCAUAAGUUGACUAAUCAUCCAUCCCUGGCCGAACGUGAUGCACAGAAUAAAGAAGCUAGGCAACUACGAGUUUUGCAGCUUAAGAAGAUGCUUGAACUUCUGGUGCAUGCUUCUCAGUGCCGCUAUCUACAUUGUCAAUAUCCAAACUGUCGCAAAGUUAAGGGGCUUUUCCGCCACGGUAUACAGUGCAAAAUACGAGUUUCAGGAGGUUGUUUACUCUGUAAGAAGAUGUGGUAUCUCCUUCAACUGCAUGCUCGUGCAUGCAAAGAAUUUGAAUGUCGUGUUCCACGUUGCAGAGAUUUGAAAGAACAUCUGCGGAGGAUGCAGCAGCAAUCAGAUUCUCGUCGGAGGGCUGCUGUCAUGGAGAUGAUGAGACAGCGUGCUGCAGAGGUUGCAAGCGGUUCUGCGUGAAGAUAUUGUACAUACUGCAAUAGGCGUUGUGCUUUAGUCUUAUUGGAGGUAGGAGUAAAGAAGUAAGGAGGCGUUGGACAAACCUGCUUCGAGCAAACAGGGUGUGUUCUUCCCUAGGAAGAUGCUCUCCCAUGGCAAAAGAAACUGGACGUGUCUGGUUGACUAAUGAUUCUUCCUUCUAUGGCACAUCUUUGGAUUACCUCUAUUAUGUUGGUUAUAGAUCCAAGCUUCUUGACAACCGUUCCCUGGGGUAUAGCAUGCCAACGAGCUCAUCCGCCCGUGGCUCAUAGGUGAUUCUUUGAUUUCAUUCUCUUUGCAUUCUAGCAAAAGCAGCCAUCAUUUGAUGGCAGAUGUAACAUAGCGUAUUAUUUAACUUGAGCUUGCACUGCAGAGGGGGCAAAUCAGUUUUUCUUUGGUGAAAUUGUUUUGUUCCGUUCCAGUUCAAGGGUUCUCAAACUUAGUCUUCCAUUCUAUGGAUGUUUCCCUUAUUUAAAGAUGCAAGAGUUACAAGUAGCAACUUGCACUUGAUUCAGUUUUGCUAGCCAAAAUGUACACAGUAUGAGUGUAAUUAUUUCCUCAUGUUUUCCUUUUCAAGUGACAACCUUACUUCCCUCCUUAGCUUGACCGGCAAUAAAUUGGAUUUUGAUUAAUGUUAUAUGACAGUUUCUAACAUAUAAAGAUUUAGGACUCGUACUUUGUCAAA